AUGCCAGAGUCCGAGAGCAGUCGUGGGAGGAGAGGGGUGUCAGGAGACGUGUGCCAGGGUUAUCAGGCGUGGCUGCAGGGCCUGAUACUCAACAGCAAAUCUGCCAUCACCAGGCUGACCGUCCUGGCACAGCAGAAUGUGGCCUUCGCCAGCAGUAUUGCCUCCCUGGUAGAGGCACAAAUGGCCAAGGCUCCUCCAUCGCAGAAGCUCCCUGUCAUCUAUCUUAUGGAUUCCAUCGUCAAGAAUGUGGGAGGAGAAUACCUGAAGGCUUUUGCUCCAAACUUGGUGGAAACCUUCCUCUCUGUCUUUGAGAAGGUGGACAUAGAGACUCGCAAGAGUUUAUUCCUCUUGCGCUCAACGUGGGACAGGAUUUUCCCCCUGGAGAAGCUGCAUGCCCUGGAUGUCAGAGUCAAGUCAUUAGAUCCUGCUUGGCCAGUGAAACCUCUGCCUCCAGAUGGGAAUGCUGCUGGCACCCCUGUGAGCCCUCAGCCUGCAGUUGCCUCGCCAGAGGAAUGUACUGCACCUGCCUGUGCCAGGGCUGCUGCCCCUGCUCCUCCAGCUCUUGCUGAAACACCAAAGCCUUUGACACAGGAGCAGCUGCUGAGGCAGCAAGUGCUUGAGAAGGAAAAGGAGCUGCUGGAAGUGCGGCAAAAAAUCUCAGAGCUGGAGCAGGCCCAAGCACAACUCUGUCCUGAAGCACAGAGCAAUCCCUGUCUGAAACCUGUCCUUGCUUUCAGCUCACAGCAGGGUGAAGAACACCAAGCACUUGCUGAAUGUCCUCACCAAAGACACCAGGAAAUAUGUCCUGCUGCUGGAAGGAUUUUAUCACCCCGAGCACCAAAGCAGCAGCACUGCUUAGGCCUCAGGUUUGAGGGACCUCCAGGUCAGCCCUUGGGGCCCCAUGGCCAACCUGGAGGAGGCAUCAGGUUUGAGGAGCCACAUGGUCAGCCACUGGGGCCACAGGGACUGUCAGGACAAUUCAAUACAGAGGUACCUCUAAGAUUUGAUGGACAUUGCCAACCAGCCUCUGGAUUUGACUUGCCCCUUGGCCUUCAAGGUGUACCUUUUCAAAACAUGGCUCCACAUGCUCCCUCAAGGCUGGGAAUGUCACCAUGUGGACAGGGGGGUCCCUUUGUGCAGCAUCCCGAGCAGGGCUCCCAUCGACCAUCUCACAGGAUGCAGCUGCAGAGCACAGCUGGCCCAGGGGCACAGGAUUGCCCUCGGAGAGCAGGUGCACAGCACUGGGAUGCAACAGCUCCUCAGGGUCCUCAGCAUGGAAGCUUCAGGAACAUCUCAAUGGGAAGUCGUCAGGUUCCUGUCACGUUUGCCCAGCCAGGGCCUUGUGGCCAAGCUCAGCAGCAUUGGCCACAUCCUGGAAGCCUUGUUCAGAACCCUGCAGGAGCCCUUCCACUAUCACGUCCUGACAACCACCUGGGACAGCUCCAUGUCAAUGAAUUGUUUGCUAGGCUGCUGUCAGCAGGGAUCCUACACCUGCCAAACCCUGCUCCCACCUCAGCACAAGGGAAUGAACCAUCAGCCCAGCCAGCUGCUGAAGGGAAAGCUGCUGAGCAGAAGGAAGAUGUUCCAGACCUCACUGACUUCCAAGUGGAAGAGCUUAGGCAGCGUUACAGCAGUGCCAUCAAUGCUCUGCACACUGGCAUCCAGUGUGGCUCCUGUGGGGUGAGGCUGGCCACGUCUCAGGGCUACGCCGAGCACUUGGACUGGCACUAUGGACGGAACCGGAGCCGGAAAGCUGCAGGCAGAGCAGCAGCACACAGGCAGUGGUACUGCAGCUCAGCAGAGUGGAUUGAAUUUGCAGCAGCAGCUGAUCUGCAGAAGACUGCGAAGAGCCAGAUUUUUGAAAGAGCUCAUGAAGCUGUGCUGAAGGCACGACAAGCUUCAAAGAAGGAUGAGAUUCAGAGUGUGCCUGCUGGACCAGCUGGAGCAGCUGAGAGCUGUGAGAUUUGCCAAGAGCAGUUCGAGCAGUACUGGGAUGAUGAAGAGGAAGAGUGGCGCCUGAGAAAUGCCAUUAGAGUCGAUGCCAAGAUUUACCACCCAUCUUGCUACAAGGACUAA